AAUUAGUUUAUUUACCGUUUUACUAAUUUUAUCUUAGUAUACCGUUACUUUAAGGUAGAUCGUGAGUAUUGUAACGGUUGAGAAAGUGUAGAGUGGAAACGCUUGUAAAACUGGAAGUCAUCGAUCCAGCCUUCAUCAGACGGAUGUAACACGUCAAUAAACUUCGGAGGGCAGGGCUCCAAUUUAUUGUCCUACGAGUGCUGUGAAAGUGUUUCAGUGAAUUGUGGCAUUUUCAAGUGUUUCGACGAGGAAAUAAGUGUAUCGCCUACUAUUUAGUGAAAGUAUAACGCAAGGAGAAAAGUUGGUGGUCGGUGCGAGGGUGACCUCCUGAUGGUGUGUACAUCGCAGCAUGUCUGCACUCUCGACGCCGGGCGGCGGAGGCACUACGGCGCAGAGCAAGCCGACGUCCGUCAAGCAAAAAUAUCAGAAAUUGGACAUCAAUAGCUUGUACUGCGCCAAUAGAAACGAAAAUUCAGAACCGUCCUCUACUAAAUCCCAACUUAGCCGCAAACAUGGAAUGCAAAGUCUUGGAAAGGUACCAUCAGCAAGGCGUCCACCAGCCAAUUUGCCCUCUUUGAAAACUGAAACAGGUCAAGACCCAAACGCAAACUCUAUCUCUGCUGCUACUACAUCUGUGGUUACUCCACCAACAUGCACUUCCCAAACAACAGCAACAACAUCGAACAGCAGUGUGGGUGCCGGCUCUGGUCCCAGCGGAUGGGGGGCCAUUCCUCCACUGUCAUCCCCCCACUUUCGCACAGAGUUCCCUUCUUUAGAGGCAGCUGCUCAGCCCUCACAUCGGUCAUCAGACCAUUCUGUGCCACAGCCACAACUCAGACCACAAACGGAAGGCAGCUGGACGUGCGGUGGCACGGCCGGAGUCCGCCAGGAGCCUGUAGCGUCUCCCACAACCAUUCCCGCAACGACACCCGCAUCACAGCAAACUCCAGCAUUCCGCGCCAUCCUGCCACCCUUUUUGGUGAAAGGUAGCAGCAGUGGCGGGCUCGGGCUGGGUACGCUGGGCAACCUGCGCGAGACUCGCAGCGGCGGCAGUGGCGCGGCCGGCGGCGCGCCCCCGCGCCCGGCGCACCGCCCGCCCGCCACUCCUCGCGCCGUCGAAGUGCUCACCGCGCGGCCCAUCCUGCGCGAAGAGGAAAUUUCUUCGCUCGACAACAUCUCUCGUGAUGUCGGUUGGGCGCAAAAUGACGAUAUCGACUAUAACCAAAAGCUGGAUUUUUCCGACGGAGAAUCGCCGGCACCGACAAAAGGAACCACGAAAAAUGGUAGUGGUCGACCUGUUGUAGAAAAUGAACGACCGGAUCCUAAGAUUCAUGAACCGGGGGAUGAGGAGCAACUUUGGGCCGAGAGACGACAGAAACAAAACAAUGAAGUUGCCCAAGCCGUUGCGCGUGCUAGACAGCGUAAAGAAGAGGAACAGCGCCGGCAAAUGCGAGAACCUUCUGGAUCUACUCAAUCACCUAAAGACUACCGCGAUCGUGCGGAUCGGGAUCGUAAUGAUAAUAGAGAACGGGAACAUGAUGGCAGGGAAAAGGACCGAAUUGAUAACAGAGACAGAGACCGCUGCGAACGAGGAGAUAGGGCGGAAAAUAGGGAAAAGGAUCGCAAUGAUGUACGAGAAAGAGAUUCUAGAGAAAAGGAACGGCCAAUGGACAAUAGAGAACGCGAUCGUGAACGCAUGGACAAUAGAGAAAGAUUUGACAACAGAGACCGCGAUCGCGACCCGCAUGAACGUGAUCGCGAACGUGAUAGAAUGGAAAAUAGGGAAAAAGGUCGUAAUGAAAACAGGGAUCGCCCUGAAGGCGACAAAGAACGAAUUGAUAUUCGUGACAGAGAUCGCAAUGAUAAUCGUGAUCGGUUGGAUCGCGACCGAUUCGAUAGAGACCGAGAACGAGAUCGCGCUGACAGGGAACGGGAAAGAGAUCGUGACCGUGAUCGCGAUCGUGAUCGUGAUCGAGAUCGGUUAGACAGAGAAAGAAACGAUCGAGAUAGAGAUCGUGAUCGGGACUUUAGAGAACGAGAUCGUGAUUACGGUCGUGACCGUGACCGCGACCGCGAACGUGAACGCGAACGCGAUCGUGAUCGCGAUCAAAACAAUCCAUCUUUUUCCAAAACAUUUCAAGCCAAUAUUCCACCGCGAUUUCUAAAACAACAACAGAACCGGCAACAAGAUGACCAACAUAAAGGUUGGGCAUUUUCAGGAAAAUCAGUUCCUAGAAGACAGGAGCCGCCACCGUAUAACGCUCCCCGACAUGCCCCACAUAACGGUCGUCGUUCUUACUCCAGAGAUUAUUCAGACCGUGAAGAUGACUUCAGAAGAGAUAAAGAUGGACCUGGGCCGCAGUGGCGGUCUGAAAUGCAAGAUUAUGAAAGAUCUGGACGAGAAUUAGACAGAUCAAAUUCUAAGGAUUCGUAUAAGGAUUAUAAUGAUUAUAAAGAUAGAAAAAAUGAAUCUGAUAAAAAAUCGAAUGAGAGUACUAUUGAACCAAGUAGCAGAUCUGCAGCUGAAAAAUUAAGUGAAGUAUUUGAAAGGAAAAGUAUAGGUGUCGCAGAAUCUUUAGUAUCGUCUGAUUCAUCAACUGCAGCACCAGCACCUGUAAGGCGAUGUACGCCUCCUUCCAAUGCAUCUCAAAGAGAGUCCUCGGAACGCGAGUUUGCUAAGGCUUCUUGGGCCGAAGUUACUCAGGAGGAACCAACUAAUUACAGUGCGACUAAGAUGAAUGCCGAUAAAGCAGCUUCGAUAAAAGAUAAUGAAAUACAAGCUAAGGAAAUCAUUGACAAGGAAUGUGAGGAAACUGUCGUUAAUUCUCAACAUCAAAUCUCUUUGCCUCCACAAGCACAAUGCACAACUACUGCAACUAAUGUAAUAUCAGCACCAUGUAUACCUCAAAACUUAACUCAAAAAUGUGAUAAUUAUUCUCCUAGCAUUCAAAAUAUUAAUCUUAACCAGCAAUCAUCUCAAAAUAUUUCUAUAGUAAAUAAUCAAACUCAAAUAUUAACUCCUCUUAGCCAAUCUCAAACUGCUUCUUCUGAAAAUCUAUCACUUCCUAAGUCUUCACCUAUAUUGUUAUCUAAACCUUCUAAUCACACUGAUAACUUUGUACCACUUUCCCACGCACAAAAGCCAUCAUCAGAUCAAUUGAUACAACAAAAUGUUGCUAAACCAGUAUUUCCGAGUCAAAAAUCUGAAAAGGACCUUUCGGAGUCUGAAUCUGUAGCUUCAAAAUCAAGUACUGACCCUGCUAACGUGAUAAAAAUUAAUGAAACACAAUCUGUGGAAUCUCUUCAUGGUAGCAUGGACUCUCAGAAACGGAUAGUAGAUGAUAAAAAGAAUGAAAGAUUUAGCAAUGAACAACUCAAUAAGAUUUCUGGUAAAGAAUCUGUGGAAAGAAAAUCUAGUGGAUCUGGAUCUGAGAAGAGGAGCAGACCAUAUGGUGGAAGUGGAUAUGCUGUCUAUAAUAGAGGCUGGGGACAGAGAGAAUCUCGAGGACGACGCUCACAUCGCAGCUCUCGUUCUAACAAUAGGGCCAGUGAAUCCGAUGGUUCCACAGAUGGUGCUCCAAACAAUGAGCGGAGAGAACGACGUAGGGCUCCACGUAGUCCUCGCGGCCCCAAGAAAUCUGAUAAGCCCGAAGACAAUAGGCCACCAUCGCAAGAUAUUCCAGUUGUUACUGAUGGUUUAGAGAAUAGAGAACCUUUCGCACCUCGAGGCCAGCCGUCACGUCGUGGUAGGGGUGGUUUCCAAGGCGCUAGUCGCCCGCCCGCACCUGCUAAAAGAGUAGCUGGAUAUGGACCCCCUAAUACAAAAAGUCCUUUCAGUCAAGCUAAUAGAGCCGUGAAGGAAAAUGAAGAAGUGAAAGAUAAUGUCCAACUUGAUGACAAAGGCAAGGGUAAUAAUAAGUCGUCCCGUCCAGGUUCGUCUUCUGGCAGGGGACGCGAUCGUCGACCGAAAGGCGCGGGUCCACUUAGUGGCGAAGACGAAAACUGGGAAACAACGUCUGAACAUUCCGAAGGUGGUGGAACCUCGGGUCGUCGUCGCUCAGUUCCUGGACGACCGCCUGGCCAAUCCCAAAAAGGUCAAGGGGGACGUAAUCAGAAUCCUGGGAAUCGUCAAAAUAACAGCCGUAAUGCCCAAGGACCUAAAAAAGAUGCUUUGGGUGAUAAAUCGGCGGACAUUACAGAGGCUAUGUCUGAUCUGAAAGUUACUACUGCCAAAAAGGAUGAUGAUAUUGUAGAUGAUGGAUUCCAAGAGGUGCGUAAUAAGAAAAAUUCUAAGGAGGUUCGAGCGCCCACAAAAGAAGAAAACCCACAUGUUGUAAAGCAACCCAGAUCUCAUUCUAAUCAAGGGGGAGGUCGCAAUGGAUCUUCCUCAAGGAAUUCUAAUGAUAAGCCGAAUUCACGAGGCUCAGCACCUAUUUCCGCAAAAUCUAAUCCACAAUAUGACCGACCUCGGCAAGCCAAUUUGGCGCCGCGAUUUGUUAAGCAAAGGCAGAAACAACAAAUGUGUUUAGUAGGUGGCUUUAGACCGGACACCGGAGCAGCCCCCCCACCACCGCCUGUAAAUGCCUGGGAUAAACCAAUAUCUCAGAGCUUACGUGGCAACGUUGACGAAAAUCAAGAAAUAGUUGAAAGUAAAUCGACUCAGUCGAGCCAACGUAGUACUCCAGCCGAGGUCCCGACUGAAACAAAAACAGCCACGGCUACUUGUCCUCUUAUUGCUGAUAAAUCUGGCGUAUUAGAUGGUACUACGAUUCCCAAGGAGACUAUCAUAUUUGAAAACACUAACUAUAAAACUGCGCCCCCUGAUGAAGCAUUGCAACAAAAAUAUCAACUCAACCCUAACAUACCUAAAUCACAAGCUGAAGAAAUGUCCGCCGAGCUGGAAACGCGGCCGUUAACCUUUAAUGGUGACGUCAGAUCGCGGCCUAGAUCUAUACAAGAGCUUAUGGCGGAUAGCAGUAGGCCAGCGAGUGAAGGAGACACCACCCUGGGAUUACAAAUGUCCUUUGAUACGUCACAAAAAGCUGAAGACUCUUCAGAUAUGAAGUUAGACUUCACAUUCGAAACCGACCUCGCGCAACUCACAGACGACAAAUCGGCAAAGGCGUUAGGAUUGCCACGUGGCGUACAUAUGAGCACGUCGAACACUAUUUCUCCAUUGGCGGCAGAUCUCAAUUUAAAAAUCGCCAGUGUUAAGAAAGUUUGGGAAAUGCCUGCAGUGGCAGAAGGCAGUGAGGAAUUACAGUUUGCCGGAUUUGAAGAAACAAAUACAGAGAGCGCCCCUCCAAAUGUGUGCAAAGUGAAACCAACCCAACAACUGCAAUCUCCGCCACCUCAACAUUACAAUCAUGUAGGAUACCAGGCAGGGUAUGGCGGGCUCUCAGUUCCGUCACCGCCUGCCGUCCUGUUUAACUCGUCACAGCAGCUACUGAGCUCUUCACAACAGCUUCCUCAACAAGGUGGUCUCUAUGGAGCCUUUCUUGAUCAGAGUCGUGGACAAUUUGGAGGAUUCCCCGGAACUCCUUAUGGUGCGGGCUCCGCGGCGCCGUAUAAUUAUCAGCCUCCACCAGAUAUGUUUCAGAGCCUUCCAAGUCAGUACAGAAUGGCGGCUGCAGGCGGCGGAGCAGCAUUCGGCCAAUCUGGUCAGUUAGGCAACAGCCCCAGUACAGUUCUCAUCUCAAGUACAUCUAACUCGCUUAUGUCGGCGACCGUUAAACCGUCUACUCAGCAAAUAGGCGCCAUAGGCAGCAAAGGCGGUGGCGUCGGUGGCGUAGGGGGAGUGGGUGGCGUAAGCACUUACCAGCAGCCGUACUUGGGAUACUCCGCGCCGGUGGGCGAGGCGCCGUACUCUCUUCAGGGUCUGCUGCCGCGACCCGCGCCGCCCGCGUCCUCGUACUACUCGCACUAUCAGCCGCCCGCCGCUCCCGCGCCCACUUACCCGCUCCAAUUCACGCAGCCAGCGCAGUCUGGCGCCUUCGGAUCACAAUUUUUAUCUUCGCAACUUCAAGUCGCCGUCCAGCAGAUGCAGCAACAGCAGUACCGCGCGCCGCUUCAGCAACAAUACCCGCCGCCCCAACCGCAACCGCGACCGCCGCCACAACAGCAACUCAAAAGCCCGUUGCACGAGCACGCCAACGGUUUUGCUCCACUGUGCGAAGCAGCAUCGCCGACUCCCAAGGGCGGCAACAAGCCACAAAAGCCGCCUCACUCGCCGCCGCAGCAUAAAUACCACGCGCCGCCGCCGCACCCCCCGCCUGCGCACACGCCUCACCAACAUCACCAGCAGCAGCAGAUGGUGAGCGGCGGCAACAACGGGCGGUGCGGUGGCGGCAACGCGAUGGGCCGCGGCGGCAUGGCGGCUCCGCGCUACCCUGCGCCUAUUCAGCGGCCGCACGCGCCGGCACUGCCGCUGUACCGCGCGCCGGCGCCGCUGCGCACUCACCACACGCAGCAGCGCCCCAACCUGUACUACCAUCACCACCAACGCAGUCAGUAUUUGCCACCGUCGCCUAGUUACGGUAUUGUGGUGUCCCCGCUGACCGGUGGCUCGUUGUGCGCAGACGGCGGAGGCGGCGGCGAGCGUGCGCCGGAAGGUGGCGAGGCGGCGGGCGGCGGCGAGGAGGGCGUGGAGACGGCGCCGCCGCCGGACGCGCCGCCCGCGCCCGCCGCCGAGGUGAAGGCCGACUGAGCGCCGCGGGCCGGGUCCCGCGUCGAGCCGCUCCGUCUCCGAGCGAAUGGAUCGUUUCCGUUCUGCGUCCUCGGUCGUCGCCGAUUUUAGGUUUUCGGUAUUAUUUUAAUUAGGACGUAAAUUAUGAAAGUGAGUAUGAGCCGGUCGGGACAGGGCGCACUUUGCGCUCCGCGCGUGUAAAUAUGUCGAUCGGCCGGAAGUCUGGCUCCCUGACUGCUAAGUUUAAGUGUAUGCGGGCUGCGGCGCCUUGUCACGCCCGCACCAGCGCUGCCACGAGCCAUAAGACCUCCCGUUAGUGAAUGUGUAGCGACGGUUUUUGCGGAACGAAAAUCGAUGCAAUAUAAAUGAGUUAUAAUUGUAAUUUGGGGCGGGGACUACCGACUGGCUAAUGGCAAUUAUGCCGGCUGACGUUCGGUGACGCUCCAUGUAUCAUAAUCAAUUAUUAUAUGCGAAUAAAAUUAUUAUGACCGACA